AUGCCGCGGCAAAUCCACUCCACUGAAGCCCAGCAGCUCAAAGAUAGGACCCUCGUCGUCGACAAUGGCGCCUAUACCAUCAAAGCCGGCUUCGCAAGUCCCGCAUCAGCGGCGGAGUCCCCAACCUGCCACAUAAUCCCCAACUGCAUAGCCCGCAGCCCCCGCGACAAGAAGACCUACAUCGCCUCCGAUCUCUCCCAAUGCCGCGACUUCGGGGAACUCGCCUUCCGCCGUCCGAUGGAGAAGGGCUUCAUCAUCAACUGGGAAAGCGAGCGGGCCAUCUGGGAGCACUCCUUCUUUGACGAGCAGGCGCCUCUGAGGUGCGAUCCGCACGAGACGAAUCUGGUCUUGACGGAGGCUCCGAAUUGUCCGUUCGCGCUGCAGAGCAAUUGCGAUCAGAUGGUGUUUGAGGAGUUUGAGUUUGGGGGGUAUUAUAGGUGUUUGGGAUCAUCCCUAAACGCUUACAACGACACCCCCACCCUCUUCUCCGCUCCACCUGCGCCCUUGCCAACAGAACUCCUACUCCUAAUUGACAGCGGCUACUCCCACACAACCAUAACGCCGCUCCUCUCCGGGCGGCCGCUCCACCCCGCGAUCCGCCGCCUCGACAUCGGCGGCAAGCACCUGACCAACCACCUCAAAGAAACAAUCUCGACCCACGGCACCUACGACGUCAUGGACGAGACGCACCUGGUCAACCAAGUCAAGGAGGACGCGUGCUACGUCUCGAGCUCCUUUGCGGCCGACCUUGAGGAGACGUGGAAAGGCGGCCAGAGGGACGGGAAACACGUCGGCACGAGCAUCGUUGUUGACUACGUCUUGCCGGACUACGAGAACGUGAAGCGCGGGUUCAUGCGGCCGCGUGAUCCGGCGCAGUCGAGACUUCGUCGGACGGGCCCCGUGCAUGGGCCUAGGGAGGAUGUGCUACCCCUGGGCAAUGAGCGGUUCAGCGUUCCGGAACUGCUGUUUGAGCCGAGGGAUGUGGGGCUUAGGGAAGCGGGCUUGCCGGAGCUGGUGAUGCAGUGUUUGGAGGCGCUGCCGGUGGGGUUGAGGCCGGCGAUGCUGGCUAAUGUGGUGGUUGUGGGGGGGAACGCGCUGAUCAAGGGGUUUGUGGAGAGAUUGGAGCGGGAGAUCAGGAUGAAAGCGCCGGCGGAGUGGAUCGUUAGAGUGGCCUCCCCUGAGGAUCCGAUCACAUACACCUGGAACGGCGGUGCGAGAUUUGCAAGUGACAGGGAGAGGCUGAAGAGCGUGAUUGUAACAAGGGAAGAAUAUCUAGAGCAUGGCGUCAACUUGCUGAGAAGGCGGUGGGGUGCAAAGUAA